AUGGAGACAGGCCCCUCUGCACAACCGAUCCAUGCCAAGCACAGUGCCCGCCCAGCCAUGUCCCAAUAUCCUGCCCAACCUCUCUUCAAAAGAGUUGUCAGCUUUUGUGAGAGCAGGGGUUGGAAGAGAAUAAACGACAAUAACAGAUGUGACUACUUGUUAAAGUGGUGUGAAGUCAAUGUAUCGUCCAACUUCCAAUACUUCCAAGAAGGUAAGCAGCUUUUAAACCAGAUCCCAAACAAUAAGCUACUCACCACCAAAGUUGGCCUCUCUUCUGUCCUAAAGAACUACCAACAGGCAGUAUCCAAAUAUGGAACAAUUAUGAAUCCAAGGAUCUUGAAGGUGGAAGAAUUUUAUCCUGAAACAUAUCGCAUGGAUGUGAAAAGUGAACGUCUGGCUUUCCUGGAAAUUAUGGGAGAUGGAUCAGUCUGGAUUUCCAAACCUGGUGGAUCAAACCUGGGUCGAGGCAUCUUCCUGCUAAAGUGUCCAGAAGACUUGUUGGACUUCCGUAGAAAGGUAGAGAGCGUGCAGCUGGACGCUAACGGCAGGAUGAGUUACAGCAGUUUACCCUUCAACAGAAUCGUGCAAAGAUACCUGGACAAACCGCUGCUCCUGGACGGGCGGAAGUUUGAUGUCCGCUCCUUCUUCCUGAUCGCCUGCACCUCCCCUUACAUGAUCUUCUUCUGUCAUGGUUAUGUGAAAUUGUCCUGUAAUAAAUACGAUCUGCUCUCCGAUGAUCUGACAAGUCACCUGACUAAUCAGGCCAUCCAGAAAAAGAACCCCAGGUAUAGUGACAUGAAGGAGGACACGGUGUGGUCGAUGGAACACCUGAACGACUACAUUAAUGAGAAGUACAGGGAAGCAAAAGGUCUUCCAAAGGACUGGGUCUUCACUGUGUUUGCUAAGAGAAUGCAGCAAAUCAUGGCGCAGUGUUUCUCUGCUGUCAAAGGGAGACUGGAAUGUAAACUUGGCUUAUUCGAUCUGUUGGGCUGCGACUUUAUCAUUGAUCACGACUUCAAGGUCUGGUUGGUGGAGAUGAAUGCUAAUCCAUCUCUGCAGAGACACUGUGCAGUUCUCAAAACCGUCAUUCCUAAAGUCGUCUACGAGGCUCUUGAUUUGGUAGUUGAGAUAUUCAGGAAAUGCAAUAAAGGACUAAAAGUCUUGCCACUCCAGUCCCAGAAAGACUUUGUCUUGUUGCAUAACGGUAAUCAUCGAGGAAAGCUCACAAGAUCCAAGCCAGUCGUUACCGAAAGGAACACAUCCCCUGCAGCUCUAAAGCAACCUCUGUGCCCUUUGAACCGAGCUGCUAACAAGCAUGUGAAGAAGGUGUCUCCCUCGCCAGCCUCUGUAGCUGCUCCUGCAAAGAUUCUGAGAAGCACAGUUUCGCUGGUCUCCUAUAGGAAGCUGCCAGCUAUACAACUCAGUCUAAACCUGUGCACAGAGAGACACGACCACCUAACCAAAGGGCAGCUCCGAGUCAGCAGAAACUUGGAACCUCUCAGACCAAUGCCUUCUGUUCGGCAAAUAAAACCCUUGCGCAGUAGAAGCCCCUUCAUGAACUCCCAGCAAAGUCCCAGGCCCCAGGCCAUCUCUUUGAUGAGGAAUACCUUUCACCCUGCUCACUUCAACAAGGUGGCUGCCAAAGCAUUUGAGCUCAAGGGAAGGAAUGGCAUCAGGUGA